AACGCCUGCAACGUAUCUUUUUCCUUGGGUUCUUCUAAGAACCAAAGAAAUGAUAAAGAUUGUUUCCAGUAGUGAAACUCAAUUCGUUCAAGGUAUUUGUGCGAUUGUGCUAAAGGGUAACUGGAACAAUAUCUUGAGACCCAAGAUCGGGACAAAUAUUACGUCGACAAUCAUAAACCAGGUACUUAUACACCUCUCCCUCCGCGGCCAUGGCCCUUCACUUUCUUGGACGUUCUUUAAAUGGGUUGAUUCAGUGUCAAAUUACAAGCACUCUCUGCAAACUUCAUGGACAAUGGUUAGCAUUCUUGCUAAACACAAGCACUUCAAGACUGCACAAAACCUGCUCGAGAAAAUUGCGCACACAGAUUUCUUGUCCUCUCCGUUAGUUCUGAAUGCUUUGGUGAGUUCUUGUGGUGAUGAACCAGAUGUGAGUGCUCAUAUCUUGAGUUGGCUUGUGAUAUAUUUUGCGAAUUCGCGGAUGACCCAGGAUGCCAUUCAGGUGUUUGAGCAAAUGCGGAGGCACGGUUUCAAGCCUCACUUGCAUGCUUGUACUGUGCUCUUGAAUUCUUUAGCGAAAGAGAGGUUGACUCACAUGGUCUGGAAGAUUUACAAGAAGAUGGUUCAGUUAGGGGUUGUCGCAAAUAUUCAUGUCUACAAUGUCUUGGUUCAUGCUGGUUACAAGUCUGGUGAUGCGGAGAAGGUGGAAAAAUUGUUAAGCGAGAUGGAAAUGAAGGGCGUUUUUCUUGAUCUUUUUACAUACAAUACGCUAAUUGCAUUGUAUUGCAAAAAGGGUAUGCAUUACGAGGCUUUGUCAAUUCAAGAAAGGAUGGAAAGAAGUGGGGUUAGUCCUGAUAUUGUAACUUACAAUGCUCUUAUAUAUGGGUUUUGCAGAGAGGGCAGAAUGCGAGAAGCACUUAGGUUUUUUAGGGAUAUUAAGGGUACUAUCCCCAACCAUGUGACAUACACUACUUUGAUUGAUGGCUAUUGCAGAGUCAAUGACCUUGAAGAAGCAUUAAGGUUGCGUGAGGUGAUGGAGGCUAGAGGGUUAUCUCCUGGGGUAGUUACAUAUAAUUCGAUUCUCCGUAAGUUCUGCGAAGAAGGUAGAAUCCGGGAAGCUAAUAGGCUCUUGAUCGAGAUGAGUGAAAAGAAUGUCGAACCUGAUAAUGUCACAUGUAACACAUUGAUUAAUGCUUAUUGCAAAAUUGGAGAUAUGAGGUCUGCAUUGAAGGUGAAGAACAAGAUGUUGGAGUCUGGACUGAAGUUAGACCAGUUCACAUACAAGGCAUUGAUCCAUGGUUUCUGCAAAGUGGAGGAAGUUGAUAGUGCCAAGGAGCUCUUGUUUGGCAUGAUUGAUGCAGGGUUUUCUCCCGGUUAUUGCACCUACUCCUGGCUUAUAGAUGGUUACUGUAAUAGGCAAAAUGAAGAGGCAGUCAUGAAACUUCCUGAUGAGUUUGAGAAAAAAGGUCUUUGCCUUGAUGUCUCAGUCUACAGGGCACUCAUAAGGAGGUUUUGUAAAAGAGAAAAGGCUGAUUUUGCCCAAAAGACAUUUGAGCAUAUGCAAGCAAAGGGUGUAUGUGGAGAUAGUGUAAUAUAUACCAGCUUGGCAUAUGCUUAUUGGAAAAUGGGGGAAGUUAAUGCUGCUUUUAGUUUGUUAGAUGAUAUGGCUCUGCGGAAAUUGAUGAUAAAUCUCAAAGUCUAUAGAAGUUUCGAUGCUUCUUAUGCUGGUGAUGGCAACACCUUAAGCCUUUUCUGGAAUCAUGUUGCUGAAAGAGCUUUAAUGACUAAAGAUAUUUUAAAGGAAAUGCACCAGAGGAGUUUUUAUGCAUAAAGGAACUUCGGAUGUUCCUUGAGUUGUGAUGCUUCUUCGCCAGGUUGCAGUAUAUCCAAAAUUAUUCUGCCUGUGAUGCAUGCAAAAACUGGAUUCACAAUGGACGAUUUCAAACAGGACGUUACAAUCAGCAGAAAAGAUUGAGAACCUUGUGCCAUACUGGAUGGCUGGCUCAUAGAGGACUGCAAGUGCCAUGCAAAAUGGAAUGCAGCAGCUUCAUGAGGUGUUUGGGGCUCGUCUAAGAUUGACUUCUGUGCUUCUAGCACUAAAAAAGACCGAUUUCUUGGCUUUUGAAGUACAGGUUUAUUGCCACAAACUAGAAUCUGACAUGAAGUGUCAUGAAGAGCACAUUUAUCUAAAUAGGCACUGGUAAUAACACUUUAAGAACACAGAUGUAUGAACAAAUUCUGCCCACAAUAGUUGAUUUUAACACUUUCUCUGGUUGGCCAUUGAAAUGGAUGGAAUGAACGCAUUCGAAGAGAUGAAGAUCAAUUAUUAUGAUGAAAA